GAUGAGGACCUGUUCGUUGUUUUGCUCCGUCUUUAAAUCAUAUUUUAAAACGUAUUGAUUUGAGCUGCUGCUUCUUGAGCUGAGUGGACGGGAGAUGUUCCACGUAAAGAAUGCUGUAAAAUCAGACUGUAUUGUAUUGUAUUGUAACCUGACUGACAAAUAUAAUUUUAAAAAGUUGUGCUAACUACAGAGCGCAAAAUGCAUCCAAAUAAUAAUAAUAAUAAUAAUAAUAAUAAUAAUCCACAUGAACUUUUACAGAAUGAGAACUACAGUUGAGAGCCAGCCUUCUGAAGGGACUACAUUUCCCAGAAGGCAGCGGCGGCGCGUUGGCGGAGGAGGAGGUGACGUCUCUUCCGGCACUGCGAGGGAGACGGAGCGGCCAUGUUGUUGGUGUUUUUUAUAGAAAGCUAACAAUAGACGGGAUCGGAACCGGAGCCGGGAUUCAAAACUCAAUCCGAGCCCAUCCGCGGCGAAGCGACUCCCGCACGACCGAGGUUUCUCUCCAGGUGUAACCUGUUUUAAUCUCCAGCGCUCUUUCAGAGAUGUGUUUGCAGAGCCAGCUCCUAUAGUAUUCAAAGUAUCAAAACCCAACACUUGUUUGCACUUGAGAAAAAGCGAAUCUACAACAAACUGAAAGAAGAUAAAUAUAUAUCUACAAAACAAACAAACUGAUAUGUAUCUGGAUCACUGUGAAGCAACGUGUUCUUUUUUAUAGGAAAAUAAACUGUUGAAUUUUUACUAUAAAUGACAAGAGGAAGAAACACCUUGUAAAGUUUAAAAAAAAAAAAAAAAAAAAAAAAAAAAAAAACAGCAAAAAAAACAAAGAGCAAACUUUAAACUUUUGUCCUAGUGGAAGCUGUGCCUAGGGUCAGCGCAGAAGAGGCUCUGCUGAUUGUACUGAGGUGCAGUUACGGAAGCCAGCCAUUCCUCUUCAAAACAUAUUAAUAUAUAUAUUUAUACAUAAAUAUAUAUUGCUUCUCUUCAUUUGCGAAGAGCGUUUCUUUACUGACUUAUCAAAACUUAAACGCUUCUGUGUGUGGUGUUCUAUUACAAACUUUCGAAGGAGGAUUACAAACCGGAAAAACCAAACUCUCUUGUAAUCGCACUCGAUAGUUUUUAAAAGGAAGAAGAAAAAAAAAACGAUCCAUAGGAAAAAGAUUUAAAAUCGAGAAGGGGGGGAAAAAAAAAAAAAGCCGUUAUGGCCACAGCCAGGACCGAGAACCCUGCCCCGAUGCUGAUGGGACUGAGCAAACAGAACGGGCAGCUGAGAGGACAGCAAAAGCCUGUCACCCCUCAGUCAGGACCCCCUGGGAUCGGGCACCCAGUCAAGCCCCCUCACCUGCUGCAGAGCGCUGCCCCUCAGAAGCCUGGAGCUCCUCAGAACAGUGGAGGGAUCAGGUUCGGGGAUGACUGGAAGAAGAAUCUACAGCUCCCUCCGAAGGACUUGAGAAUCAGGACUUCAGAUGUAACUUCCACAAAAGGCAACGAGUUUGAAGAUUACUGUUUGAAACGGGAGCUGUUGAUGGGAAUCUUCGAGAUGGGCUGGGAGAAGCCCUCGCCCAUUCAGGAGGAGAGCAUGCCCAUUGCGCUGUCCGGCCGGGACAUUCUGGCCAGAGCCAAAAACGGGACGGGCAAGAGCGGCGCCUACCUGAUCCCGCUUCUGGAACGGCUGGACCUGAAGAAGGACAAUAUCCAGGCGAUCGUCAUGGUUCCCACUCGCGAGCUAGCUCUGCAGGUCAGUCAGAUCUGCAUCCAGAUCAGCAAACACAUGGGAGAGGUGAAGGUGAUGGCCACCACAGGAGGGACUAACCUGCGCGAUGACAUCAUGAGACUGGACGAGACCGUUCAUGUGAUCAUCGCCACGCCCGGCAGAAUCGUGGAUCUGAUUAAGAAAGGAGUUGCCAAAGUGGACCGGGUCCAGGUGAUGGUGAUGGAUGAGGCUGACAAGCUCCUCUCUCAGGACUUUGUGGUCCUAAUUGAGGAGAUCAUCAGCUACCUCCCCAAAAACAGACAGAUCCUGCUGUACUCUGCCACCUUCCCCAUCAGCGUCCAGAAAUUCAUGAGCAAGCACCUGCAAAAGCCCUAUGAGAUUAACCUGAUGGACGAGCUCACUCUGAAAGGCAUCACUCAGUUCUACGCCUACGUGACGGAGAGGCAGAAGGUGCACUGCCUGAACACUCUCUUCUCCAGGCUGCAAAUUAACCAGUCGAUCAUCUUCUGCAACUCGACCCAGCGAGUGGAGCUUCUGGCCAAAAAAAUCACUCAGCUGGGCUACUCCUGCUUCUACAUCCACGCCAAGAUGAUGCAGGAGUACAGAAACCGCGUGUUCCACGACUUCAGAAACGGAUUGUGUAGAAACCUGGUGUGCACAGAUCUGUUCACGAGAGGCAUCGAUAUCCAGGCAGUGAACGUGGUAAUCAACUUCGACUUCCCAAAGAACGCAGAGACGUACCUGCACCGCAUUGGCCGAUCAGGGCGUUUUGGUCACCUGGGUCUGGCUAUCAACCUGAUCACAUCGGAGGACCGCUUCAACCUGAAAUCCAUCGAAGACCAGCUGGUGACGGAGAUCAAGCCCAUCCCGAGCAGCAUCGACAAGAGCCUGUACGUGGCAGAGUACCACUCAGAGCUGCACGGGCAGGAGCCCCGCGACGGGACGCUGGAGGAGCAGCCCUAACGGGUGGCUUUGUCUUCUCUGGAGGGAUGGAUCUGGUACUGUAGUGCUGCACAAAGACUUCUCGAACUUGGAAACGAAUUCUCUAUUUCAAUCCAAUAUUUUCAAGUAGCCUGGAUCUGCAAUUCUUAGUUGAGGUUUUUUUUUUUUUUUUUUAAAUCAUUACACUUAAAGAAACCCCCCUGCCUCCCCCCCCUCAAAAAAAGUGUUUUCGUAGCUGAUCAAGAAACAUUUAACUUCAAUCCUUCAUGCUGUCUAUUUUUUUGUAAAGCAACACUGAACUGUAUAAAGCUGUAAUACCCCUGCCCCCCCCCUGCCCAUUCCUUCAUCACCAGGAGGGAGCUAAUCAACUGUCCAGUGACGGAUUUGAUUAUAUCCCCCAAUCCUUCUUGGUCCUCACACCAAAACCUGUUUGUCUGGCCCCUGUAGUUGUCUCUCUGCAGUAUCAAGUGCCUUAUCGCUCCCUCCUGGUCUGGGUUUAAUGCAGUGCCCCUCAACACACACACAAUGCUUUUUUAUUGCAUUUUUUUGUUAGUUUCUUUCUUGGUAGUUUUAGUAUCAGUGCUGCUGCUCCAGCCCCACUUUCUCGUUUCACUUUGUAGUGCAGACUUCACCCCCCCUCCCUGCAUCUCCGAGUCGGAAGGGGAAUCUUUACAUCUCGUUAAAGGACAGCUCGCAAGCUGACGCUGGAGAGGAAUUCCAAAAUAAACACGGAACAGAAUUCAAAGUUUGGGAACGCGUUGAAAUUUUUUUUUUUUUUUUUCUUCAAACCACAGCUUAUAAGAGGACUGCGGGAAAGAGCCUGUUUUAUUAUUAGAAUUAUUUCAAGACGAGUGAUGAAUUGGGGGCAGCCCUCCUAGAGAACUGGACUCUGGGUGUGGAGUUAAACAAAAUAAUGUAAAAAUCAGUCUGUGGAUUGAACUGGAAGACGACGACUUUUUUUGUUGUGCAGAGCAGAGCAUUCAUUUUUUUGGAUAAUUUACAGCAGGCCCAAUGCUGAAUUCUAAUGAAUAUGUACAAGAUGCAGGAUUUUUUUUUGCAAAGCUCAGGAGAGAGGUGGGGGCGGGGGGGGGGUGACAGAAGGAACUUAUACAAAAAUAAAUAAAACUUAGAGAGAACAGCCACCCUCCACCCCCAAAACAAAACCCCAGGGAUUGGAUUAGAACAGUCGGGAUCCAGAAUGCUUGUUUUAAGGAAUCGUCCUGUUUUGGAAUUUUCCCCAGUCCUGUGUUCUCUUACUGCUGAUCGAGAUUCCCACACGAGUCUGGAUUGGUGUUUACUGCAGAGCUCAAUAAGAGAGCUUUCUCCUAGAUAGAACAGAACUUCUCCCCCCCCCCCCCCCCCCCCCCUUUUUCUUUUUGUUUUAC